AUGGGACAACAGGAGCAACAUGAUCAAGAGGAUGCACCUUCCGAAGUUGUGGGGAGAAAGCUCAAGCGUCAUGACUCUCUUGACAUUGAAUCAGCCAAGCUUUCCACCUCCAAGGUUACCUCCAAGGGAGGGUCGUGGUGGGUGAUAAUGCAAUUGGCAUUCCAGAGCAUAGGGGUGGUGUACGGGGACAUUGGCACCUCACCGCUCUACGUGCUCGCUAGCACCUUUCCCGACGGCAUCAACCAUAGGGACGAUCUCAUCGGGGUUCUCUCUAUCAUCUUCUACACCAUCACCCUCCUCACCCUCCUCAAGUACGUCUUUAUCGUCCUGCACGCUAAUGACAAUGGUGACGGAGGGACAUUUGCCCUAUACUCACUAAUAUGUAGAUAUGCGAAGGUGGGGUUAAUCCCAAGUGUUCAGGCAGAGGACAGGGAAGUGUCAAGUUAUGAGUUGGAGAAGCCUAAUAACAAGCUAUGCAGAGCAAACACCUUGAAGUCAAUGCUGGAAAAUAGCCCUUUCGCUAAAUACAUUCUGCUCUUGGCCACAUUGCUUGGCACUUGCAUGGUUAUUGGAGAUGGCAUCCUCACCCCUUGCAUCUCUGUUUUGUCAGCUGUGAAUGGGAUCAAGUAUGCGGCAUCUUCCAUGACAGAAGAGAAUAUUGUUUGGAUAUCAGUUGCAAUCUUGGUCAUUUUAUUUUCAAUUCAAAGAUUUGGAACUGACAAAGUGGGCUACAGUUUUGCUCCAAUAAUAUUGAUUUGGUUCAUAAUGAUUGGUGGUAUUGGCAUCUACAAUUUCGUCAAAUUUGAUCCUUCGGUCAAGAAAGCUUUAAACCCCCUAUGCAUUAUAGAGUAUUUCAAGAGAAACAAGAAACAAGCAUGGAUUUCCCUUGGCGGAAGUGUCCUUGCUAUAACAGGAACUGAAGCUAUGUUUGCUGAUCUCGGUCACUUCAGUGUUCGAUCUGUACAAGUAAGCAUGUGCUCAGUGACAUACCCAGCUGUCAUACUUGCCUAUUUUGGACAAACCUCUUACCUUCUCCAACACCUAGAUGAUGUUUCAGAUGCCUUCUAUAAGUCUAUUCCUGGCCCACUAUAUUGGCCCAUGUUCAUUGUGGCGGUUUUAGCGUCAAUCAUAGCAAGCCAAGCCAUGAUCUCUGGGGCAUUUUCUAUAAUCCAACAAUCCCUCGCUUUAGGGUGCUUCCCUCGUGUGAAGAUUGUGCACACAUCAGUAAAAUAUGAAGGACAAGUUUACAUACCCGAAGUCAACUAUCUUCUUAUGUUGGCUUGUGUUGGGGUCACUGCUGGAUUCAAGAAUACUAUAAAAAUUGGGAAUGCAUAUGGUAUUGCAGUGGUGUUCGUCAUGUCACUCACAUCAUGGUUUCUGGUACUCAUCAUGUUUAUGAUAUGGAAAACAAACAUACUUCUCAUAAUGGCUUAUGUUCUUGUCAUUUGCAGUAUUGAGCUUGUGUACUUGAGCUCAGUCCUCUAUAAAUUUGAUCAAGGAGGGUAUUUACCCUUGGCCUUCGCCUUGUUUCUGAUGACUAUAAUGUAUGUUUGGAACCAUGUGUACCGAAAGAAGUACUACUAUGAAUUUAAUCACAAGAUUUCUCCAGAAAAGCUGAAGGAGAUGAUUGCCAAGACAAGCCUUUGUAGGAUGCCAGGACUAGCCAUUUUUUACUCUGAUCUUGUUCAUGGAGUACCUCCAAUAUUUGAGCAUUAUAUGGAAAACAUACCUGCACUGCACUCUGUCCUAAUUUUUUUCUCUAUCAAAUCACUACCUGUAAGCAAGGUGCCAAUGGAAGAAAGGUUUCUUUUUCGUCGACAGGACCCAAGCAAGUUUAAUGUGUUCCGUUGUGUUAUGAGAUAUGGGUAUACUGAUGUGCAAAAUGAGCAAGAACCCUUUGAAAUAUUGUUAGUAGAAAGAUUGAAGGAGUUCAUAAGAGAUAGUGUCUUGACAUUUCCAAGGGCUAGGAAUGAUGGAGACAAUAUUGGAAAGAAUGGAGAAUUAGACAAUGGGUUGUUUAAUGAUGAUAAUGUGAGAGAUGACGCAACAAAAUCAGAAGAAAAAUUGGAUAGAGAUAUUUUUGAGGUGGAAAAAGCGUCGAAAGCGGGUAUUGUUCACCUUAUUGGUGAGAGCGAGGUGGUUGCAGCAAAAGGAGCAGGGAUGGGAAAGAGGAUUGUGAUAAAUUAUGCUUACAAUUUUUUAAAAAGGAACUUGAGGGAGACUGAGAAAGUGUUUGAUAUUCCUCACAAAAGAAUGCUAAAGGUGGGGGUGACUUAUGAGCUUUAG